UUUGUGAUUGGUUCAAAUUGGAGGGUGUGUUCAGUGUGUUGGUCUGGUUAAUAUUCAUGUAGUAUGCAACAGUCUCUGUUCGGGAAAUAUUCUUCAAAUAUAUUUAGUUAUUUCUGUGCCGGUAAUGAGCUAAUUUCUCAAGUAUGCAAAGUUCCUUAACUUAAGUAAAUAAUAGCAGUUUUUUUAUUGAUAAAUAAAUAAAUGCAACACCUAUGAGGUUUCUGUUCUUGAAAGAGUGAAAUGUCGAAAUACGUAAGUCCGGUAUGUCGGGAUUCUCCUUCGUUUUUUUACAACGGUGAUUAUAAUAACUCGCCCAUUUCGGACUUAAAUGUUUUUGAUUAUUCUAACAUAAACAGUGCCGGCGAAAUAUAUUCUUCCACCAAUCAGAUAAGUUUCAAUCCACAUCCAACGGUUCGAACUAUUAAAAAGAGAAACACAGCUAACAAAAAGGAAAGAAGGAGAACACAAAGUAUAAAUAAUGCAUUUUCAUGCCUGCGCGAAAGAAUACCAAAUGUUCCUUCAGACACAAAGUUAUCCAAGAUAAAAACUUUAAAGUUGGCAAUAUUGUAUAUAAACUACUUAGUGGGCGUCUUGGACGGUGAGCAAGAUCCUAAAAGCGGAUUUCAGGCUGAACUUAAGCUUCCGAACCGUAAGGGCUAUCUUGACAGAAAACAAGCGAUUGAGAAUAAUUACAUAUCAACAAAGGGUCGUACAGGAUGGCCGCAAGACGUAUGGGCAUCAGAGCUGGUUCCUGAACAUACAUAAUUAAAAAGUAUCUAUGUUAUAUAAAGUAGAAAUAACCCAUCUCUUAAAUUAAAAUAUUUAUAAUAAAUAUUCAAAAAUCUAUAAACAUCGUA